AGAGUAAGAGUAAGAUUCUUUACUAGAGUAAGAUGGUCACGUGAUCAUUUGUAAUGUAAUGUCCCCGAGUAGUGCUUCCCCAAAGAGCCAGUCAUACGAAUAGUUAAGACAUUGCUUAAAUCCAUAAUUAUCAUAUAUAUAAAAAGAUAGUAUAACAAUGACAAAGGAGUCACCUGAGAAUAUUAAGAACGGAGUAGAAUAUUGUGAGAUUCAUCAUUUACAUGAUGACCCACAAGUAUUAUCUCAUACCGAAGAUGAAGAAGAUGAUGAUGAAGAAGAAGAAUAUCCACCUCAACCAAUUGAACAUCAACCAACAGUAAUUCAUAAUACUGCUACUCAACAGAAUGUAAUAAUUCCUGAUGAACAUCCUGAACAAUUACCUUCUGAUGAAGAUUUAGCAGCAGAUUAUCCUGAUGAUUCUUCAUAUAUUGAUUUAAUCCAUUUAAAGAUUGGAUCAUUAGAAGCAUUAAAUUUAUCAAGAUUUUCUAAAUUAGAAUCAUUAUGUUUAAGACAAAAUUUAAUAACAUCUAUAGUGGGAGUAAAAGAUCUUCCUGGUGAAACAUUAGAAGAAUUGGAUCUUUAUGAUAAUAGAAUUAAUCAUAUUUCUAGUAAUAUUAAACAUCUUACAAAACUUAAGAAUCUUGAUUUAUCAUUUAAUAAUAUAAAAACCAUUAAGAAUAUUGAAACUUUAACCGAAUUAGAGAAUCUCUAUUUCGUUCAAAAUAAAAUUAAAGAAAUUCAAAAUCUUGAAACCUUGACUAAAAUUAAAAAUUUGGAAUUAGGAGGGAAUAAAAUCAGUGUUAUUUCAGAAACUCUUAAUAAAUUGGUAAAUCUUGAACAAUUAUGGUUAGGUAAGAAUAGAAUUGAAAGAUUUGAAAAUAUGACUAAUUUACUGAAUUUAAAGAUUCUUUCUAUACAAUCAAAUCGAAUUACUAAAAUUGAAGGAUUAGAUAAAUUAGUUAAUUUAGAAGAACUUUACUUAUCUCAUAAUGGUAUUGAAAAAAUUGAAAAUUUAGAGAAUAAUACCAAAUUAACUACAUUGGAUAUAACUUCUAAUAGAAUAACUAAAUUAGAAAAUCUUAGUCAUUUAACUAAAUUAACCGACUUUUGGUGUUCAUAUAAUGGAAUUGCUUCUUUUGAAGAAGUUGGUCAACAAUUAGGGAAAUUAACUGAACUUGAUACAGUAUAUUUCGAAGGUAAUCCAAUUCAAUUACAAAAUCCUACUGCUUAUAGAAGAAAGCUUACUCUAUAUUUAGGACCAAGUUUAGCUAAGAUUGAUGCAACAUAUAUCCGUGGAUGAUUUUCUAGAAAUUUCUGAAUUCAUCAUUACUCAUUUCAUAAUGGCCGCAAUUUAACCAUCCCCCCAUUCACCUAAAGGGAUACUGAUACUGUGAGGGUCUGUAGUGGUCAUUCAAGGGGGGUGUAAUUAUAAUCUUAUUUUUUUGUAUAUACUUAGUUUGCAACCUCAAUAAACAAAAUGAAUGGUUACUAACCUCUCCGCUCAUCCCUAAAAUCACUCCACUGUGUAGAAAUUUCUAGUUGUUUCGGGGAUAUUCUAGAACUCAAUUUUUUUAUUUUUCUGUUGCUGCGAUCACGAAAUUUUGCAGUCAUAUCUUGACUAUAUAAGGAGUGGUUAAUGGUCUAUAAUCUGGAUAUUAAAUU